AAUUGAGUUCGAUAAUUGCAAAUGGUCGUUUAAUAACAGAUGAUUGAACGCAUUCUGCGGCGCGGUCUAGCAUUUAUCUGUCAAAACUGGUGACGGCCGGCCGAUCGGCGAUGAGCCGGCAUACGUGUGCCUGUUGAUUGUUUCGUGCUAAAGUUUUAGGUUAUCUACGCAAAUAUUUUAAUAAAAUACGUGUGUGUAUAUUUGUGCAUUUAACAUUACGUUUUCCGAGUGGCAUAAACGCGUCGAUCGUAAAUAUUCUUUAAAUAAUUGCGUCCAUUAUUAUGUGAUCGUGAAUUGGGAACGAAGUACACAUAGAGAGAAAGACAAAGAGAGAGCGACAACACGAGAAGGAAAAAACAAAGGAAAAUGCAAAACAUUCGAGUCUAUGUUUUCUGUUAUCUCAUCGUGGCAAUACUUUUUCUAACGCCAUUCAAUUACGCUUCAGAUUUUUCUGCAGGAAAUGUCACAAAUCAAACCAAACAAUGCGAUACCCAAAAGAUGGAGAAUCAAUGCGAUGAAAAUGAAAGAUGCUUUCAAAAUUCGAAAGGAGAAAAAGCAUAUUGCAAAUGCAAGAUAGGUUACGAUCUGGAGAAAGGCCGAUGCGUCCAGGUUACAAUUACUACGGUUGCUAGUGUAACUGAUCAACCAAACGUCAUGGCCAAUUCAGGAGGUAAUUCUGUAGCCGCUGGCUUGUUAAUACCAACUUUUCUCGUAGUAAUAAGCGUAUUACUGUAUUUUGUCGCGAGGCGAUAUAAAUGGUUACAACGAGUUCGACAGCUUCGUCCAAACCAUUAUGGUAAUGUCCUAGUCACAAGAGACGACGAUGACGAUGACGAUCCACCUAUAGCGUAAGCAGACAUCUAACAAUAAUAAUGGAAUAAUUAAUAUGUGUGCCGUGUACAAAGUGCGAAAGUUUUUAUCAGAAACACGAACUUUAACAGAGAAACGCUCAGUUACACAAUUCAUAAUUUUAAAGCGACACAAGCUUUAAGUUACCGCUGCGCGUAAACGGAUCGUCUUACCGAAUAACCGCAAGAAAACAAAAGAAAAAAGUAGUUCAUGUUCAAUUUCUUCAUCUUUAUAUGGAUGGCUUGCAAGAAAAUUUCAAUCGAUCUCUUUGUUCAUUAUCAAUAAUCGAUAAUUAACCACUUGUGUAUCUUUGUGCAGAUUUCGAUACGAAUUUUUUUCGUAGAUUGGACCGUCGCACACGAAAGUCUUCUCUUGAAGCUUGAUACGCUUAGGGAACAAUAUUGUGUAACUCUGUGUACAUAUAAAGAAGAGGUUUAGAUACAUGAUAUACAUAACAUAUCGUCGAACUGAAAUAAGAGGCUAAAUGUAAACGAGUGUUAGUGUAAGUAGAUGUAUUUUAUACCGAUAAGCGAAACGUUAAUUGAUCUUUUUUUUUUUUUUUUUCUCUCUCUCUCUCUCCUUUUUAGCCGUAGAUGAAUAAUGGUGAUGAAUCGUCAUUGAUCUUAUUGAUAGCGUUAAUAAAAAUUGCAAUAAUUAAAUUAAUAUUUAUACUCUUCAAAAUUUUCUCCUAUCCAAAUAAUUUUUAUAGAAGCAAUAAAAAUCAUGCAUGAAAGUAUUACUACUUACACGAUCACCAUUCUAUGUUUAUGUGCGAUGGUUGCGGGAUAACUGACUGCGUCUUUUUUUUUUUUUUUUUCCGAUAGUUUUUAAGAUUAAGAUUAACGUAUCGAGAACAUAAUUUUUUACAAUGAUAUUAAAAAGCUGGUCAGUAAACUUUACAUCUUAUUAAUAUCUUGUAUAAAAUCGAUGAUUAUCAAUCCAUAUUUCACCGUAAUGUAAAAUUUAGAUCGAAUUAUCCACAUUCUCAAUGAUAUUGUAAUUUUAAUCGUGCAAUGCAAAAUUUAUCCAUGUGACGCGAUCGAUAUCGAUGCGAUCCUAGAUCCUAUAUAUUUUUUUAACGCGCAAGAGCUCCUUUUUAUUAUUUCUUAGAUUCGAAAAUUUGAGAAUCGACGAUACAUCCAUCGAUCGCAGCAUCGGAAUCGUGUCGCGUGUAUAAAUUUAUAUAUCGUUUUCUCUUAAUGUCUUGUUCUUUUCAAGGAUAACUUUCCACAAAACAAACAAUGUAACCUUACCAAAGAGCGAAUCUCUAAAUUAAUAACCCGUUUAGGAAUAAUAACUCGGAGAAACUUUUCCUAUUGUACCUCUAUAAAUCUAUAAAUAUAAUUAAUUAUAUAAUUAAUUAAUUAAAUUAGUUAAAUCGUUACGUAUAAAUAAUAAUAAAUUUUCUAAUACGUAAGUUUCCUGCAAUAAAAUUGGUGGUAAUAAUUAUCACACGGAUUCGAAUUCGACGAGAAAUAAAAAUAUUUUUGCUCAAGAUGAAUUAAUUGAUAUUUUGUACAAAGGAGUUAACUUUUUAAAUUGCAAGACGUAUAGAGUAGACCAUUUGCACUCAUACCAAAACAACAUUUUUUUUUAUCGUGCUCGGUAUUGUUUUUGUAAUAUAUAAUAAAAUUUGUAAAUAAGUUUCCGCCAUUCCGCGGGUGCGUAAUCUUGCCAGCCAAUCACUCUCUUUCCUAUAGUAUGUAAUCGCAAGAAGAAAAUUUACAUAUAUAAAUUAUAAUUCCUAAGAAAAAGGAGAGCCUCCACUCGCGAAAGAUGAUUGGGACGUAUAUAUUUGCGAGAUAUAUAUAUACAUACACACACAUAUAUAUAUAUAUAAAAAUAUAUAUAUAUAUAAAUAUAUAUUAUUUAACCUAUUCUUGUACUCUAUCAUUUUUGUACAGAGCUACGAACUAGAAGUUAAUCAGGGCAAUUUAAUCGGUGCUCGAAACAUCAAUUCUGAUUCGUUAGGCCGCUCGACAUCGCGAGAGGAGAUUUAAUAUUUUUAUAGUUCGCGAGUACAAAUUAAAACGGUGCGACUGGUACUAGCGAAUUAUCGUUUUUAAUUUUGUAUCGUCGAAAUUUUUCUGGUAAUUUGCGAUACAAUUAAUAGACAACACGACAAUGGCACCGUUCUUUUCACUUGUUACGACACGUGUAAUUAGGCUACACUCAAGCUACAUGCAGUUUAGAAGAAUUCGACUGACUGUAAUUAUUGUUACCGUUUUUUGAUCGUAGCCAUGUUUGCGUAAAAAAAAAAAAAAAAAAAAAGAA